AUGCUAGGGGACCUUCAGAGUGUCAUAUCGACCCAUCAGGCGCAGCGGUUAACAUAUGAUGAAUUAGACCGUAAGAGUAAUGCGCUGGCUCGUGGGUUAGCUGCAGGCGGGCUUCCGAAAGGCGAUCGAGUGGCUGUUUCGUUGGGAAAUAGUAUUGAAUUUGCAAUUGUUACAUAUGCAUUGUUCAAGCUGGGAGCCGUGCUGGUCCCGUUGAAUCCAUCGUUCAAUGCGAACCAAGUGGUUUCUGCGCUCGGCCAUCUAGAAGCUUCCCAUUUGAUUAUGAGCACAGAGGUAAACCUACCAAGACGAGAGCCGCGUCCUACUCUCUCUCUUCUCCAUCAAAUAGUUCCCGACCUCCUCAGCUCAAAACUCGAGUCUCAAGCCGUCCCUUCUCUAAAGAAAAUAAUUCUCGUUAACAAUGACGAUGGCCGUGUCGACACCACAUCCUUUAAAUGCACCACACCGUUUGCUUCUCUAUCGUCGGAUCUCAUACAGGAUAUGCUUCCCAUCGCACCACAAGGGCUUUCACCACAUGACGUCGUGAACAUUCAAUUUACAUCGGGUACCACUUCGAUGCCCAAAGCUGCCUGCCUAACUCACCGAUCAAUUCUAAAUAAUGGUGUUCAAAUCGGGGAUCGUAUGCUGCUCACUCCGAAUGACAUCGUCUGCUGCCCACCACCCCUGUUCCAUUGUUUCGGGAGUAUUUUAGGAUAUAUGGCAACUGCAACUCACGGCUCAGCCAUCGUGUUCCCUGCAGAAUCCUUCAAUGCCAUUGCCACGCUCAAAGCAGUCCAGAAUGAGAGAUGCACGGCGCUUUAUGGGGUCCCGACAAUGUUCGUGGAAGAGCUAGAUCUCUUGGAGGAGGGAAAGGUGCCGUAUGAAGGAUUCCAAUACCUACGAACUGGGAUUGCAGCUGGCAGUAGCAUCCCAGCAGAGCUCAUGAAAAAGCUUCACAAGACGCUUAAUCUGACGGAACUGACCAUCUGCUAUGGCAUGACGGAAACUAGUCCUGUUUCAGCGAUGACAACAACGGACGACCCCAUUGAAAAACGAAUCUCCAGUGUAGGCCGGCUCAUGCCUCAUGUGGAGGCGAAAGUGGUGGACCCCCGUGAUGGAACGAAAACUCUUCCGGUCGAAACCAAGGGCGAACUUGUCGUAAGCGGCUAUCUGGUCAUGAAGGAAUACUGGGGCGCUCCAGAACGUACGGCGGAGGUGAUGGUGAAAGAUGAGGAGGGCAAAGUAUGGAUGCAUACUGGUGACGAAGCCACAAUGUCGCCAGAUGGAUAUAUCUCGAUCACAGGCAGGAUCAAAGAUUUGAUUAUUCGUGGAGGUGAAAAUAUUCAUCCUUUAGAAAUUGAAAACUGCCUCUUUGCCCAUCCUAGCGUAUCCAGCGUUUCCGUAGUCGGGGUACCAGAUGACCGGUACGGCGAAGUCGUGGCUGCAUUUGUGAUACAACGAGAAGAAGCAGAGCAGAAGCUCACCGCGGAUGAAGUGAAAGACUGGGUUAGAAAGAAAUUAAGUCAUCAUCUAGCCGCUCCAAGAUGUGCCAAGAUGCCAAUUCUCAGAUCAUCCGUUGCUUGUCGUGCUUGUUUUUCUCUGCCCUGUUUUUCGAUGCACGGUGCGCUCCACACGGCGGGGUCAUAG